AUGCCUCUGGACGAAGAAGGCGCCAAAUGGUCGUGUGAGCCAUGUAUGCGUGGACAUCGCUCGUCAAAAUGUCAACACUUCGACCGUCUCAUGAUGAAAGUCCCCAAAGCUGGGCGACCAUUGGCGAAGUGUCCACAUCCUAAAGGGACGUGUAGUUGUGAGAAGGUAUAUGCGUUUAUGGUCCGGAUACCUAAAGGCUCGACUUGCUUGUGUAGACCGUUAUAUCAAGUUCCGGCUAGUUCUGCGACAGAAACACCGUCAGUCCCAGCGACUCCCCGUCCGCCGUCACUACCUCCUGAUCCUACUUCGUCUAUAUCAAAGACAGCAGCUGCAGGUCGUGUUCAGAAGCACACGCGCAAACAAAGCACAUUCCAAAACCCGUCGGAUAAUAUUAUCAAGGCCCUGGAUUCAGAACUUAUGCAAGCGGAGCGUAAGAAUGACUUUGGAAUAUCGGAGCAGCCGCCUACGCUAGAUCGCUCUUCAGCCUAUACACCUGUCUCUGGGAAUUCACACACGCCGUCUUACAACCCGAGCCAAAAAUUACCAGAAAAGGUUGCCGCGGAGAGCAAACCCGGUGGAUGUUGUUCUGCUAAAAUAGAGCCUGUUACUCCAGCACCGGAACCACAACGAUCCUGUUGCGGGGACAAUGCGACGUCCCGGGAAGAGAAGGAACAAUUUCCAAGUAUUUCCAAAAAUCCUUCAACCCCGGCGUGGAACGAGUCAUUCUACAGUUCCCAAAAUUUGGCCUGGAAUACUCAACUACCGAAUACCGAUUUUACCUCUCAGAACAAUACCUAUACAACCACGAACCUAACACGGCCAUAUUACGCAAAUCAGCCACAAUCAACUCAGCCUGCUAUACCUCGAACGUUCCAGAAUUUGGAUGCACAUUACCAGCUCAAUAUAAGUGGCCCGCCUAUGCAUCAAUUCUAUUUGAACACUGCCACAUACCCUUUCAACAUGUCACUCCCGUUUGUCAAUGACAGCAAUCACGAUUGCUCGUGCGGCGAUAGUUGUCAAUGUCUGGGAUGUGCUAGCCAUCCAUUCAACGAAACAACACGCCAUCACGUGCAAGAAAUGGGAUAUAUGAUGACCGUAAAAGAGGACGAAGAGAAGUCUGGUACUUCAAGUCCCUUUGCAGGGCUGAACAGUCCACCAGCCAUGCCAUCCAAUAUUCCAGCAAAUUACAACCUUCCGAUACCAUUAAAUACACAGCCGUCAUUUACAGACGACAAUACUUUACCUUCAACUUUCGACAACACUAUCAAUUCACCCACCUUCGCCCCAAAUCAGUUCAUGCAGCCCUCCGAGUAUUAUACGCUCGAGUAUCCUGUUGGCUUGAAUCUCUGCUCAGACAUAACAGGGACCUGCCAGUGUGGUAAUGACUGCAAUUGUGUGGGAUGCAUCACGCACAGCGGUCACGACGGAGUUGUCCUGGACUCAAUGCCACCAGAAAGUCAACCGAUGACCAGUAAGCCUACUCCACAGCAGCGGUUUCAGGACUACUACAACCAGGGCUCCGACAUACCGCGUUCAAUGGACCGGUAUUCUCCAUCUGCUUUGAGUCCACCGGUUGUCGAGACGCCGCUCGUAUAA